GACGGCGGCGGAGCUUCCGAAGGAGCGAGAGCGACGGGCCGCGGACCUGGAAGCGGAGCCGGGCGAAGGCGCGCUUCUUCUGCCUCUCACACCGCAAUAAAGGGGCCCCGCAGGUCGCCUACUGGGUCGUGCGCGCCGCGAAACUAGUGAAAGAUGGUGGAUCGCUUGGCAAACAGUGAAGCAAAUACCAGACGAAUAAGCAUAGUGGAGAACUGUUUUGGAGCCGCUGGGCAGCCUCUGACUAUACCUGGCCGUGUUCUGAUAGGUGAAGGAGUCCUAACAAAGCUGUGUAGGAAGAAGCCAAAAGCAAGGCAGUUCUUCUUAUUCAACGAUAUUCUUGUGUACGGUAACAUUGUCAUUCAGAAAAAAAAAUACAACAAGCAGCACAUCAUUCCUUUGGAAAACGUAACUAUUGAAUCCAUCCAGGAUGAGGGGGAGCUACGGAACGGGUGGCUUAUCAAGACUCCAACUAAAUCUUUUGCAGUGUAUGCUGCCACUGCCACAGAAAAAUCUGAAUGGAUGAACCAUAUAAAUAAAUGCGUUUCUGAUUUGAUUUCCAAAAGUGGAAAGACUCCCAGUAAUGAACACGCAGCUGUCUGGGUCCCUGACUCUGAAGCCACUGUAUGUAUGCGCUGCCAGAAAGCAAAGUUUACCCCUGUCAAUCGUCGACAUCACUGCCGGAAAUGUGGGUUUGUUGUGUGUGGGCCCUGUUCUGAAAAAAGGUUUCUCCUUCCAAGCCAGUCUUCCAAGCCUGUGCGGAUCUGCGACUUCUGCUAUGACCUCCUUUCCACUGGAGAGAUGCCUACAUGCCAGCCAAUGAGAUCGGACUCUUACAGUCGGUCGCCGAAGCCUCCUUUAAAUGAUAUCUCUGAUGACGACGAUGAUGAUGACAGCAGUGACUAAGAGAAUGUCUUGAGGUUAGAACUGGCAUUUGAAUCUCCAUUGCUGUUUGAGGAAGCCAGGCUCUUCUGAUAGGCCUACCCUAGCCAUAAAAUUGCCUGAAAAAUCAUCAGCUCAAAUGUGCCUCAGUAUCUGAAUUUCUUAGAUAUAGAAUCGUUACUCUCUUUUUCUGCAGGGAAGGACUGUUGCAAAUAUAUCACUUUCCAGUUUUGUUUACUUGAUUUCCUGUGUAGGGGUGAAUUGGUCUUUUUGCCCUCUCCCUUCCCACUUCAGGAUAGAAAACCAAGUACAGCUUUUUGUUACCAACACCCAUCCCAUAUGGUAUGUAACAGGGAAAUUGUAUUCCUUUUUAGUAUUUGGUGAGGGAUUAAAAGUGCAUAGAACUGAUAUUUUGUAUGUGUAUCAAACUGAACAGAACAUCUAACCAGGCUUUGAAACUAAUGUUAUACUAUCAUCCUCUUAACGUAAAUACAUACUUCAAUGUCAUUAACUUUUAUGCAAAGAUUUAUAUACCAAGCAGUGCCUUGUAAUGACUGCACUGUUGCAGGAAGAACUAACAUAUUGUACCCUUUUUGCAAUUGCAUGCAACAAGCUGGAAAAUAGUUGGUGCUGUUGACAAUAAUUGCUGUUCUGUAACUAGGAUUUAAGAAGCAGAUACUUUGGGUACAUCACUACAAUGUGCGUCAAGUUCACCUCACAAAAAGCCGUUUUCUCUAAUAUGUCAUAUGAGGAUUGACUUGGCACUGGUGUGGAGUCCAGCUGAGCUCCAUAACAGCGUGGAACUCCCUCAGCCUUCAUAGAAUGGGGACUGCCUAGUAAAUCCACUUGAAGAAGUUCUAAUUUAAUAUCUUGCUACUCUUAAGUUAGGGGUGAGAAACGUUUGUAGCUAUGGAGUCUUGGUAAUUGACAAUUGUAUUUGCUUAGAUCAUGGUAUUUCCUGUACUGUGUUUGAUUUGCUAUUUAUAAAUUACUUCCUCAGAUACUAUACUAACUUUUUUAAACAUUAGGAAUAGGGUUUUUAAUAAUUAGAAUUUGUUUUAAAAGCACAAUAUGGGAAGAUGUCCCAACCAGCCAUCUGGGGAAAAACAAACUUGGAAAAUGCCCAUCCUGUAUACACAGCUGACCUCGAGAUACAAAUAAACUGUAAAUGACUUCAUUUUAAAUACAUAAAUCCAGGACCAGGAGGGAUAGUGCAAAAAAAGUGUUUCCAAUAAAGUAUUUACCUUUUAUCAAUACAUUCUUUUCUAUGAUGAUGUCAUUUUUAGAGAAACAUGACAUUUAGCUCUGUGAAGUUUUGUAAAAUCCCAAGACAUAGCUAUAUUUUUAUAUAACUGUAGUAUGUUUAAAUGAUUUGCAUAGAAAACCCCUGACAGAAUUGUGUGUGUGAUCUAUAGCACCUGAGAUUUUAUAGAAGUGGUGGAUAUUGUUUGUAAAACAAAAUUAUAGUACCUAGGCAUUUGUUUCUAAAGUGACAGUUUCUUCACUGUUGGCUUACUCUGACAAUAACUGGGUGAUAUUUAUUGAAUAAAUAAUCAGUUCUCCAUCUUGCACUAGUCUCCCAGUCUGUAAUCUGGUUGCUGUUGCACAGAUGUCAGUUUUGAAAGAAAAUGACCUGAAGGGUACAAUCAGUGUUUAGCAGUCUCCCGUUCCUUUUUAUGUGGUUUGCUGGGGAGUGUGUUGGAGACAGUGCAACAGUUCCUGGUAUAUUAUUCCUAUCCAGAGUUAAUUUUCUAACUGUAAUUCCCAUAUGUGAAUAGUGCAAACAUGAAAGGAAUUGUGCAUUAAUUUGGAUGGCGGUCUAGAAUUGCAGGCAUGCUCACAUACUUCACUCAGAGCCUUCCUACAAGAAGUAUCUCCAACUGCUCCUUGGGUGUAUUCCCAAAUUCAGAAGGCGUCUGAGUCUUUAAAAAAAAAAAAAUUAACAGAGAAGUGGCACACAGUUCCCUGGUCUCUUUUAAAUCACACCCAAAAUGCUUUGAUUGUGUCAGCCUUUUAUAAUGUGCUGAAGGGUAUCUUUUUGACUGCUUUGCAGUAGGCAUGAAGGACUGUAUUAAAGCUGUAGGCCAUGAAAACACUAUGAGAACCAGAUGAGCAAUAUUGCGCAAUUGGUCCCUGGAGAUGGAUGAAUUGCAGGGCUGAGAAGAGUGAUCUUAGGCUGGGAUCCUAGCAGUGCUUAUGUUGGGAGCAAGUCCUACUGAAUACAUUCCACGUAAAUGAUUGCAAGGUGGCCGUCUUAGGCAUGCUUCCUCUAGAGGAAGUCCCACUGAAAUCAGUGUGGGACUUUCCUCCAUGUAAAGAGCUAUAGGAGCUGGCUGCAAAUGUAUGCUUUGUCCUCUGAAAGGAUAACUUGAGGAUCUUCUAGAUGGUAAAGUAUUAAGAUAGAUCUUGAUACAGUUUAGCUUCUUUAUUCUUAUCCUUUGCUGUAUAUUAAAUGCUGAAUGUCUUUGUAUAUUAAAUGCUGAAUGUCACAGUUAUAUUUCCCCAGUUAUCUUUGUACCUUGCACAAAGGCGUCAGCACUUUCUAACCUUCAAGAAAAUCUACCCUCUGUUUGGCUUUCCCCAUCUAUCCCGUCCUCGUCAUUAUCUGUGAAUGAAAUUCACGCUAUGCUGCAAUGGAUCCCUGAAGCUGUUACCAAAUUGACAUCUGUAGGAGAAAAUAAUCCUAGAAAUAGGUGUGUGGAAAUAGGAUACCACUUUUGUGACUUGUUCAGAAUUUGUGGGAAAUAAUUUUUUUGUCUUACAUGUCUGUGUGUUAAACUUUUAA